AUGCAGCGCAGUGGUGCUCCUCCGAAUUCACCGCGCGCUUCGAAGGUCGGCUCGCCGAAAUACUCGUUCGGCGUGGGGUCAGGUGGAGGCACGGGCGAAGAGGAGAAUGGGAAUGAGGAAAACGCGAACGGAAGUGACAUCGACGACAUCAUCGAAGGCCGUCUCCGACCAGGUACUCCAAAUGUUUGCUGGGCUUCCGAUGGCUUCAACGGGAACAAGAUGGUGGAUGUGAAUUUAACUGAUGAACAGAACAGCGGAGAACAUUUUGGGCAACAGCAGCAAGUCCUAGGAGAAGAACGCCAGCAGGAGAAUUUCCUGACAUGUUUCACUUAUAACAAUGAAGAAAGAAACAAGAUCACCGUGCAAUGCGGAGAAGCUCGAGUAGACGCCCUUGACCUUCGCCGAUGUGUGGAUCUCACGAUGAGAGAAUGUCACCAUGUGACUAAAGCUGAACUUGCGCUUAAUGAGCACACUACGGGCAUGUCAUCGCAUACCACUGACAUAGAAACUAGAAACGUUGUACUCGUUUUCCUCAGACAUACAUUUACGUCAGAUGACAGUUUCUGGCUCAAAGAGGGUCGUCGCGCAAUCAACUCAAUACUUGAAGAAACUCAGAACGACAAUGUGGCGAAAAACAUAAUUCUCUUCAUCGGAGACGGUCUCGGAAUCACAGUAUCUACAGCAGCUCGGAUUUAUAAGGGUCAAAAAAGAGGAUUCGUCACGACGUCGCGAGUGACACACGCGACGCCGGCAGCACUAUACGCGAGAAGUCCAAGCAGGGCGUGGGAAUGCGACACGUCGAUACCAAAAAAUUUCACUCUCUGCAAAGACAUAGCCAGGCAACUCAUCGAAGAUAGGCCAGGAAUCGAUAUUAACGUUAUCAUGGGAGGAGGGCGGCAACAGUUCUUGGAUUAUGUAAGCCCGAGCGAACGAGACUAUUCCUGUUCGAGGGCCGACGGGCGCAACUUGAUCGCGUAUUGGGCCGACGAGAAAUGGGAACGGAACGCAUCAUUCGCGUACGUUCAGAACACGGAAGAGCUCCUGACGACAGAUCUCAGAAACGCCGAGUACCUCUUAGGUCUAUUCAAUAACGGACACAUGGCUACUGAAACGAACCGCGAUGCUUCAAUGAAAGGUCAACCUCACCUGUCGGUCAUGACAUCAAAAGCAAUACAACUCCUGUCCCAAGGCCAAAACGGAUACUUCCUAAUGGUAUGGACUCCCUAA